CGGACUUUGUGAAGAGUCUGUGUUUUUCCUUGCAUGGAACACGGCAGGGGUGUAUAUGUGAACAAGUCAGAGAUGCAUUGUUCCAGAAAUGGAGGUUAUUCGCAGGCGAUCGUGAAACAAAAAACAACAAAAACCAGAUGCAAGCCUUUUCGUACCUCUGGGAUCACUGCUGUGUAAUUCUACACCAAAUUCGCCCUCGUCGUUGGUUAAUGUCUCCUGUUUUACACUAAUUCAUUCCUGCCGAGGAUUCCCACAGCGAGAUGUUUUACAUACACCCACAUUCCUAACGCGCUUUUUUAUUUUUUAUUUAUUGCUUUAGUGUGUGUGUGAAUUGUAGAAUCGUUUCGAAUUAUUCUGUGCUUUUUUUUGUAUUUAUUUUUUAUUUUUUAUUAUUUGUGUUUAUUUUCACGUAAUAAUAUCAUAAGAAGAAUGUCUGGGAAACACCACCAUUACAAAGGACCCGAAGUGAGCUGCUGUGUGAAAUAUUUCCUUUUUGGCUUCAACAUUAUUUUUUGGUUGCUGGGUGCUUCGUUCUUGGCUAUCGGUCUCUGGGCCUGGGCUGAAAAGGGAGUGCUGUCGAACAUCUCUUCGAUCACGGACCUGGGCGGCUUCGAUCCCGUCUGGUUGUUUAUGGUGGUUGGGGCGGUGAUGUUCAUCUUGGGCUUCGCUGGCUGUAUCGGAGCUCUCCGAGAAAACACACACCUCCUCAAAUUUUUCUCUGUAUUUUUAGGGCUGAUCUUUUUCCUGGAGCUCACGGCAGGGAUCUUGGCCUUUGUGUUCAAAGACUGGAUCAAAGACCAGCUCAAUUUCUUCAUCAAUAACAAUGUCAAGGCAUAUCGGGAUGACAUCGAUCUGCAGAACCUUAUAGACUUCGCCCAAGAAUAUUGGUCAUGCUGUGGAGCACAUGGUCCGAAUGACUGGAACCUGAAUAUCUACUUUAACUGCACGGACAUGAACCCGAGCCGAGAGCGAUGCGGAGUCCCCUUUUCCUGCUGCGUCAAGGACCCUGCGGAGGAUGUACUUAAUACACAAUGCGGCUAUGACGUGAGGCUCAAAAUGGAACUAGACCAGCAAAGCUUCAUUUACACCAAGGGAUGUGUAGGACAAUUUGAAAAAUGGCUCCAGGAUAAUUUAAUAGUUGUAGCUGGUAUUUUUGUUGGAGUUGCACUGCUACAGAUAUUUGGAAUUUGUCUGGCACAGAACCUCGUUAGUGAUAUAAAAGCAGUGAAGGCAAACUGGUGACGCCAGGUUCAGGAGACUGCAGAGACGAGAACCAGUCUCCCCAAGGCGGCUGUGCGUUGAACUAGAGCAUGGAGCCCGGGUUGCAGCAGGGGGACCUGUAGAUUAUUUCAUUAGAUGACUCGACAUAUUUGAUUUCUCUUUUUUUUUUAUUUUAUUGAUUUACAGUAUGUCAUGGUUUUGCACGUGCUCCCUGCGAGAAUGUUUGAAGACUCGUUCUCUUGCAGGAAGAAGCUGGAGCUCAUUGGCAGUUUACUGGACUGCCUUUACCACUUGAAACAUUGGAUCAGAGAUCGUCUGCCCUGAUCAGUGGGGCUGUCCUAAUUCAAUCCGGACUCCUUCCUCCUCUCCUAGGUCAAAUUUCACAACCUCCCUUCCUGAAAUGAGAAGGCUGACAUUACAUGUAUAGGUUGGCCUGUUUUUUUGUGUCAUGUUUUUAAUUUCAUGGUGGUUUUGUGCUCUCUGUGGUUCUCUUUUUUACUUCAGAGAUAACCCACAUGUGUUGGCAGGCUGCCCCACAUUAUUUAACAGCUGUGAUCUUUACUCGUACUGGAAUAUUGGGAGAAAUCACGCUGAGACUGAUUCCCUCUGUAGAGGAAUUUGGAUCAGGCCAGUAAUUUAAUAUUUUCGUGCAAAAAAAAAUUGUUAAAAUCUGUGAUAUCUAUUACAGUACUUCUCUCUUAA